AUGCAACCAGGCGAUAGCUACGAAGCAAUGGACUCAGCUGAGACCUACGAAGCGAGAGGAGCAGAGGCUCCCUCUCAACCACAGAGCAACUUGUACGAACAUUCACAACAGGAGCUUAUCGACAUAAUUAGCCUCCUAAGAGGGAACCUCAACCAAAUGACAGCAGAACGACAAUCGUACGAAGCGCUGCAACAGCAGGUGCAGAUUCUAGCUCAAGCGGUGUCUCGUCAGGGCUUAAGCGUGCCAACUCCAAGUGGGGCAUCGUCUCAUGCCACGUCAGCACCUACACCGCCUUCGCCUUACCAAGACACCAUACGUCGAUACGAGAAACCAAGGCUGCCUGACGUAGAGGUGUUUGAGAAAGGCUCACACGAAGACUAUACCCAAUGGAAGACGCGCGUACAAGCGAAACUCUUUGCGGACCGACAAGCCUACCCUUCUGAAGAAGUCCAGGUACACUACAUUAUCACUCGUACGAAGGGUUGGGCCUUCACCGCCUUAAGAACAUACGUUACGAGCAUGAUGGAGGGCUCUUCCCAACCAUCCUUAGCGCGGCUUUGGGAACAGCUCGACGGGUUCUUUAUAGACCCUACAAUCCGUGAGAAAGCAAUGCAAUGGAUCCGUACGACUAAACAGGGGAAGGGUGAGUUCAUUCCCCACGUGCAAGCGUUUAACCUAAAGUUCUUGGAAGCGGGCUUAGGGAACGCGAGCAAUAUACAGAAGAUUGACUAUCUCAAGAACUCUCUUAACAAGAGACUGUUGCGUUACCAAGUAGGCUUUCAGCCUGUAAAAGACGAGUCGUACGAGGAAUUCGUACACAGGAUGCGUGUUACCUGGGAGAAUCUUAAGGCUAUAGACCAGCUCAGCUUUCGUACGCUGCCAGCGGCCUCCUCACACACUGCGCCUAGCAAUGAGGAUACCAUGGAUUGGACUCCUACCGUAGCGGCUUUCCAGCCUCGUACGAAGAGAGAAUUCUGGGGAACACAGGCCCAGGUUCAAGAAAGAAGAGAGCGAGGAGACUGUUUAAGAUGCGGGCACCAAGGCCACAAGGUUGCUCAGUGCCAGGUCAAGAUUGGAAAACGACCCGCUCGUACGGAAGGGAAGGGAGCUGUAGUUGCCGCAGCAGCUCCUGCGAAGAUGGAUACCGACUCUGAGGAAUCGGGAAAAGAAGAGCCCUAG